AUGAAGCUCCACUGUGUGAUCCUGGGCACUCUGCUCCUGCUGCUGGCUGGCUGUGGUGGCACACUGAAGUCCUCUGCCAUCGACCUGCGGACCUUCAUCGGCUGUGCUGUGCGAGAGUUCACCUUUGUGGCCAAGAAACCAGGCUGCUGGGGGCUGCGCGUGACCACCGACGCCUGCUGGGGACGCUGCGAGACCUGGGAGAGACCAAUCCUGGAGCCACCUUACAUUGAGUCUUACCAUCGUAUUUGCACCUACAAUGAGACCAAGAUGGUGACAGUGAAGCUGCCCAAGUGUGCCCCUGGUGUGGAUCCCUUCUACACCUACCCCAUGGCCAUUCGCUGCGACUGCGACAUCUGCUCCACUGCCACGACCGAAUGUGAGACUUACUGA